AAGCCUGGAGAAGUGGAAUCUGGCCGGCGCCGCUGCCUGCGCGGGACUCGCCGAGCGGCACUGGGCAUGCUCAGUCGCGGAGCCCGUCCUGGUCUCAAGUAGGAAGCUCGUGCGCUGCAGCCGCAGCUGAUCCGGGCGCUCCGGGGAGAAGGCGAGACUGGAGCCGAGCCGCCGGGCGCCGGGGCCGGAGCGAGCGCGGCGCGCACCGCCGGUCGGAGCUGCUGUGGGUGAGCUGCUGUGGUCUGUAGCCAAGCAUGCUGUGGUCGGAUCUGCCCAGCCGUGGAACAGAAACAUUUGCUGGAUGGAAAAUCCAUAAAAGAAAGCUCCUGUGAAAGCCGGAGACAGACGCUAACUAAGUAAAAUCAGAUAUUUGGGCUGCUUGACCUCAUUGAAUGAUUGCUAUUAAUUAACAAGACUUUGUGGGAAAAGGGAAUUUGCCUUUUGAGCUCUGUACCAAAGACCUGGGAAAAAACGAACCAACUCCGUCUUUCCCGAAUACUUGGAAACUGUCAAGGCCCCUGCUCAUGUGCUGACCGGUCGCUAUGGGCAGACGGUACCCGGAGGCUCACUGUCACCCAAGCAGCUCAUAUUUCAAAUUAUAACCUAUUUCCUGCACCACUGCUGGCGUCCAGUGAUCCAUGUCAGAAGUACUUCCAGGUGACUCAGGUGUAGACACCGUGGCAGUGUUUAUGGCCAGCAGCGGAGCCACAGACAUCACAAAUCGAAACAGCCCAGCCACACCACCAAAUACCCUUCAUCUCCGUUCCUCCCACAAUGAACUGUUGAAUGCUGAAAUAAAACACACCGAAAGCAAGAACAGCACACCCCCCAAAUGCAGGAAAAAAUAUGCACUAACUAACAUCCAGGUGGCAAUGGGCCUCUCUGAUCCAGCUGCACAGCCCCUGCUGGGAAGUGGCUCUGCCAACAUCAAGCUGGUGAAAAAUGGGGAGAACCAGCUCCGGAAGGCUGCAGAACAGGGACAGCAGGACCCCAACAAAAACGUCAGCCCCACUGCAGUCAUCAACAUAACUUCUGAGAAGUUAGAGGGCAAAGAGCCCCACCCAUGCGAUUCCUCAGGCUCUGAAAUUCUACCCUCCCAACCCAGGAGAACCAAGAGCUUCCUAAAUUACUAUGCAGACCUGGAAACCUCAACCAGAGAACUAGAGCAGAACUUAGGCAACCAGCACGGGGUUGUGGAAGAGAAAUCGCAGCCGGGCCAGGGCCAGGCCUCCACCGUCAUCGGGAAUGGUGAAGCGCUGCCACAGAAAGCCAACAAAGCCCAGUUCAGUCCUGAAGAUGGCCAAGUGGCCACAGUGUCAUCCAGCCCAGAGACCAAGAAGGAUCAUCCUAAGACGGGAGCCAAAACUGACUGCGCACUCCACCGGAUCCAGAACCUGGCACCGAGUGAUGAGGAGUCCAGCUGGACAACACUAUCCCAAGACAGCGCCUCGCCCAGUUCCCCAGAUGAAACAGCAGAUAUAUGGAGUGAUCACUCCUUUCAGACGGAUCCAGAUUUGCCACCUGGCUGGAAGAGAAUCAACGACAUUGCGGGGACCUAUUAUUGGCACAUACCGACAGGGACGACUCAGUGGGAACGCCCCGUCUCCAUCCCAGCAGAUCUUCACGGUUCUAGGAAAGGGUCCCUUAGUUCUGUAACGUCAUCUCCCACCCCAGAGCACGAGAAACAGCCAUGGAGUGAUUUUGCUGUUCUGAAUGGGGGAAAGAUUAAUAGUGACAUUUGGAAGGACUUGCAUGCAGCCACAGUCAACCCGGACCCCAGUUUAAAAGAGUUUGAAGGAGCAACACUCCGCUAUGCGUCUUUGAAACUCAGAAAUGCCCCACAUGCUGAUGAUGAUGAUUCUUGCAGUAUCAAUAGUGACCCAGAAGCCAAGUGUUUCGCUGUGCGCUCUCUGGGAUGGGUAGAAAUGGCAGAGGAAGACCUCGCUCCUGGUAAAAGCAGCGUUGCUGUCAACAACUGCAUCAGGCAGCUUUCUUACUGCAAAAACGACAUCCGAGAUACAGUCGGCAUCUGGGGAGAGGGUAAGGACAUGUACCUGAUCCUGGAGAAUGACACGCUCAGCCUGGUGGACCCCAUGGACCGCAGCGUGCUCCACUCGCAGCCCAUUGCCAGCAUCCGUGUGUGGGGCGUGGGCCGUGACAAUGGCCGAGAGAGAGAUUUUGCUUACGUAGCAAGAGACAAAGAUACGAGGAUUUUGAAAUGUCACGUAUUUCGAUGUGACACACCAGCAAAAGCCAUCGCCACAAGUCUCCACGAAAUCUGUUCCAAGAUUAUGGCCGAACGGAAGAAUGCCAAAGCCCUGGCCUGCAGUUCCCUACAGGAAAGAACCAAUGUGAACCUCGACGUUCCCUUGCAAGUAGACUUUCCAACACCAAAGACUGAGCUGGUCCAGAAGUUCCACGUGCAGUACUUGGGCAUGUUACCCGUAGACAAACCAGUCGGAAUGGAUACCCUGAACAAUGCCAUAGAAAGUCUUAUGACCUCGUCGAACCAGGAGGACUGGCUGUCUGUGAACAUGAAUGUGGCCGAUGCUACUGUGACUGUCAUCAGUGAAAAGAAUGAAGAGGAAACCUUAGUGGAGUGCCGCGUGCGAUUCCUGUCCUUCAUGGGUGUCGGGAAGGAUGUCCAUACAUUUGCCUUCAUCAUGGACACUGGGAACCAGCGCUUUGAGUGCCAUGUUUUCUGGUGCGAGCCUAAUGCGGGUAACGUGUCUGAGGCGGUGCAGGCCGCCUGCAUGUUACGAUACCAGAAGUGCUUGGUAGCCAGGCCGCCUUCACAGAAAGUUCGACCACCUCCUCCGCCAGCAGACUCCGUGACCAGAAGAGUCACGACCAAUGUAAAACGAGGGGUCUUAUCCCUCAUUGACACUUUGAAACAGAAACGCCCUGUCACAGAGACGCCAUAGCUGCAUAUGUCCAAGGAUUCUGGAAUAUUUACCUGAAGAUUGAAUAGCUACACUAAAGAAGAUGAACUGAUACCUGGCCUUCCAUUCAGUUGCUGAUGCUUUGUCUUCAGAGAAUUUAUCCUUAACCAAACAGUGUUAGACAAGCAUGUUCUCUCGUCUUGCCACCAUCAUGUGAUAUGAAAAGAAGCAUGACUAAUUUUUUUUGCUAUGAGUCAGAUACAUCAUGAGCAGUGGAAGGUCUUUUUCUUAUUGUAAAUAUCGUGAACAUUACUUAACUUCACAUACACAGAGAAGAAUGUGGCCACACCCCUCCUAGUGAACUCAUGCGGAGUCCUUGGAGCGAAUGACACCUGAGUUAGUUUCACUGUCUUCUUGACUGGAUCUGUCACAAGCAAUGUUUAAGUCCUACAGCACUUUGCCCUGUUUCCAACAUUGGAGUAGCCACUGCAUACCAGAUACCAUUGAAUUGCUGUUAAAAUAGGAUGAUGAGUUUUUGUUUCAGUCUUUCAUAAAAUCGAACCUUUUGUUGACACAAUUGGCUGUUGGCAUCAGGACAGGAACCAAAUGGCAGCUUUCCUUGACGAGCUCUUUGACACACGGACACCAUUUCAUGUCUACAGCUGUUUGUGGGAUGUUGGGGGAAAAGUGAACUUCAAAAGUGAAAAACAAACCAAAUUUGAGAAAUUAAAAUGAACAAAAAAAUAGCCUUUCUAGAUGGUUUUCAAACCAAUUAUUUAAAAAAAAGAUUUAAGAAAAUCAUAAGGCAUUUUGGGUGGGACAUAUUUCAAACUUCUGCCUUAUAUUGUACAAUGCAGCUAGAGAAUUAUAGUUCACUAUGGCCAUUCUCUACAUAAACAACAUUACAAUGAAAUAUUCCUCGUACGCCUUUCAUCCUUAGUUUGAUAAUCAGCCAAUAUGCAAUUUGGAGUUGAGGGAGUGUCAUUCAUACUUUGACUCUCUACCACCAUGUCAUUAUGUUAGUCCUCCUAGUGAAAUGUCCUGCUAGGAUUCUGUAUGCAGUCUUACCUUCCUGCUUUUUGCCCAGAAAGCUGUCUGUCCAACAUGUAUUGUCCAUGGCAACAAAUUACAUUAAAUCGAAUCUUUCUGAAUUUAUGUAUUUAAUAUUAGAAUUUGUUGGACUUUACUAGAUAUAUUUUUAAAUUUAUAUUUUUUCCAUUUUUUUCAAGAUUGAAAAAUUUCGUAUCAGAGCAAAAUAUACACAGCAACAACGAACUGCUUAACAAGUGUCCCAAAAAUAACAUUUUCUCACCUAUAAAGAUACACAGAUUUAGACUCUUAUUGACAUUGUUGUUUUAAAAAGAAGUUGCUAAGGAGACCAAUCUAAAUAUUAGCCUUAGUUAACUUUUUAAUGUCAAAAUUAACAUUUUAAGACAUCCAGUUAUAAAAAGUAACACUUUGUUUAUCCACUACUAUGUUCUUGUCAAAACGGUUUCCACAGUCUUAUCACAUUUGAGCCUUAACAGGUAGAGAAAGGUACUCUAUAAACACAUUUGAGAAAUAAAAAUAUAUAUAAAGUACCAAGAGGCUCAGUCACUUAGCCUAAGAUGUCUCAAAACUUUAUGAGAGAGCCAGGACCAGAACCCAUGCUUCCCAACUCUGUUAUACGUUAUGUUGCUUCCACAUCAGUGAGGAAGGGUUUCUCCAGAAUUACCCUUGGCAUAACUGGUUAUUGUAAAAAAAAAAAAAAAGAAAAAGAAAAGAAAAAAAAAUCUUUGAAUUCCCUGUAUAAAUAGGGAAAUACACCCAAAUUCCUCAUGCAGUGGUAUUAAUCAUAAAACCAUUGCCCUCACUCAGUCCAGGCCUAUUUUCCUACAGUGUGCCUCAAACGUGUUGUAGAGAACAGGAUCCUACACACAGUACAAGCCUGUUCAACUCACGAGAUUUUCCAGAGAUGACGUUACUUGUGGUAGAGAUACUCCCAACCCAUGGUACUUAGCCACCAGAGAACAUGAUGGAGUCGGUGGCCUCCUGCCUCUGUUCCCUCAGAAUCCUGGAACUGUUGGCCGGCACUGUAGUGUUGUGACAAAAAAGAUGCCACCCUAGAAAGGAGUUCUGCUUCUCACCAGCCUAUAUACUAGUCUAUCUGAAGUAACCAGUGCCAUCCUAAGAAAUUCUCGCAUUAAGAAAAUCCUUACUGUGCCCUUCGAAAAGCUGUUUAAAGUUUAAUGAUGAUGAUCUUUCAUCACGGUCUCCGCAGUGAACGAAAGGCUUUAGUGUGAGAAAAAUUCUGAAUCAGUCACCCGCUUCUCUACUGGAAAUCUCUACCAGAACCUACUGUUCAUUUUUUAAGGUAUACCUUUGUUUGUUUUCGGGAUCAAGAAUACUGAGCUAGCUUUAAGUAGCAAACUGAUUAAUAUAUGCAAUUAUAGAAUGUGUUCAGAUGAAUGAUAGGCUUUACAUACUGAAAACUUUACUGCAGAUAUUCUGUUUUGAAAAUAGCUUUGCGUACUAAAUGCAAUUAAUUUUGUAAAAUCCAUUACGUUAAACCGAGCGUUCAGACACUUUCUGCCAUGGCCAAAAAGUACGUGUGACAGUGUGUGUGUAUUUCUCUGUGAGAGGGCGCGGUGUCCCCCCCGACGCUGAGGUGACACUUGAGUUAUCUAUGCAUCUUCUUUAGACCUGCGACGCGGUAAACAGGCGGCCACGUCCGCUAUGCCUCGUACGUCUUAUCAUUGUUUUAAUUAACCUGUUAAAUACGGCUUGAAAUAUUUUUAUUUUAUUUAUUCUAUUUUUACUGAAAUAUACUGCAUUAUUGUGUUAAUGUAUUAUCUUUACUGGAUAGUAUCUCACAGUGUAUCCAGGCCUAAGUAAUCUCAGUGAACUAUACAUCGCCUAAAAGGUGGUUUUGUAAUGAUUUGUAGUCACAUUUUUAUUGGAAUAUGUAGAAGAAAUGGCAAAAUGCUUAAAGUUCCUUUUAUUUUUUAAAAGCAGCUAGAUAGACGCAGACUUGCCACCUCAUAUAUGUGCUCCUUGGCAGCAUCAAGGGGAAUAGCCAACAUGCCUAUGGCAAAAACUUCACUUUGCAAACCUGAAGCACUGCUUGGGUGCUUUGUUUUUAUAUUCUUCACAGCACAUGUGAUCUCAUCUAAAAGACACAUGUCCACAAGCCCUUUGUUUCCACCUGGAUAGAAGAUCACCUAUAGCUAAUUAGGACCAUUGUUUUUUGUUUGUGUCUGUCUGGUUGCAUGAAGGGACAUUUAGACCAUUUCCAUUAAAAUAAGCUCUUUGUGAUAAACUGUUGGCACUGCUACUUUUUUACAAAAUCCACUCUGAUUUUAUGAUGGAGAUUUGUAAGAUGAUUCUACACGAGGUCAUUUACUAGAAAGCCCCAAAUCUUUCCUCCUUUUCUCAUAUGAUGCCUCAUUUCAUAAGCAUUUGCAACACAAAUUCAUGAAUUCCCACGAAAAGCAGAGCCCUGAGACUAGCACAAUUUAACUAAUAAAACCAUUAGCUCUCUAGGUUGCCAGGCUUCCUUAACCUAAUACACAGCUGACAUGUGUGCUACACAGCCAGGAAAAUGAAGUUUAAUUUAGUUCAGCUUCAGAGAAAAGAUUCCGCUCACACUUUUAUCAAUGAGAGCACUCCUUGCCAUCCAAAGCAGCUUGUUUAUCCUGAAAGAACGUUUGGUUUUGCUUUCUGCCCCCUUUGCUGUUGACCACUUUUACACAUUUAAAUGUAAUAUGUUGUGAGAAUAAACUUAGCUGCACAAAA